AUGUACGCCUGGCAGGAGCCACUUAUGUCAUCACCGGCAGCCUGUGCCGGCCGCAAUGUCCAAGGCAUGAGAUUUGGAGACAUGCAUGCGCUUCUAUGGUCCUUGGGCCAUGGCCUGAGCUUCGGCGAUCUGUGGCGCACCUUCGAGGCCUGGGCCGAAUUGGACGUCCGGGCGGACGUGCUGGACCUCGGGGUGUUGCUGAUGUCCUGCGAGAGGCGCAGAGACGCGGAGAAGGAGCAGCAGGUCUGGCGGCGCAUCUGCGAGCGCGCGCCGCUGCGGCGGGACAUGCAGGAGAUCGUGGCCGGGGCCACGAGGCAGCGAGUGAGGAAGGAGGCCUUCAUCGACAAGGAGCGUGUGUCCUUGGACUGGGCGGGAGCGCAAGUGGCCAGACACGGCGGACAUGCCCAGCACAAGCUGGCCAUGCUGGUGCAGUAUGUCGAGGCGCAUUUUGACGGCACGGCCUCCGACGCAGCGGAGGCGGUGAUGCAGUCAGUGGUGGACUUUUCGAGACAGAAGUUCAACUACUGGCUGAAGGUCGCAGGUGACGCGAAGGCCUCCUUGAUCCAGGCGGUGCUGCAGCGGCUGUCGCGCGGAAAAGCCGCGGCUUUUCCCGGAGAAGUGCGGCUGGAGAUGGGCGCCUACGUGGGCUUCACCACCCUGCGCCUGGCACAAGGUGGACUGGUGCUGAGCCUCGAGGUGGACCCCUUGCACGUGUGCGUGGCCCGUCACCUGCUGAACCUGGGUCGACGUGCCCACCUGGCGGAGGUAUGUAGUGGCCAGGUGAGGGACCUGCUGCCGGGUGUGCUGGAGAGCUUCGGUGAGGCAGCGGCUGGUCUGGUCUUCAUGGACCACCGCGGCACGCGCUUCCACGAGGAGCUACGCCUCUUAGAGGCCACAAGGCUUCUGGCCGUCCCUGCGCAGCUGCUCUGCGACAACGUGCUUCACCCUGGGGCUCCGGUCUUCUUGUGGCGCGAGAGGCAGCGGGUCACCGUGUAUUCGUUGCAGGACUGCGGCAACUGA